GGGCUUUCUCUUUUAAUCAACUGCUUGCAUUACAGCCUGGGUUCUACUUCCUUUCUGUGUGUUUUACUUCUUACUGUUCUUGUGCAAGGUUUGAUAAGUGCUUGGUCUUUGCAUGUUUAUGCUGGCAAAUGAAUUUAAUUGGUAUCUUUAAGUUUCCAGCAUUCUUUUUAAGCUAUCUAAUUAAACACUUGGUACAUUGAACACAUUAAAAGCCUUCUUUUACAGUAGUACAAACAAUUUGUUUCUGUAGCUACACCCCACAAACUGAGAUGCAACAAAGUAUGCUGAAAGUAAAUUCAUGUCUCACAAAAGUAGGGUUUAACUAGAGUAUAAAGUUUCUGGUUUGUGUUUUACAGCAGAUGUUAAAGGAGACCAGAAUUUUUGCACAAAAAAUGUUCGAAGCAUAUGUAUACAUGUAUUAUUUUACUACUUUGUCUUUGCUGCCAUCAGGCUUUACCAUGCUCCGAGCCUUUAGUCACACAAAUGGUAGAUGUGCGUUCCAUCAUGCUAAGUGUUGGUAUCAUCGUAAGUCUGUGCUGGCAAUCAGGAGAGAAGAUGUUAAUGCAUGGGAAAGAAGAGCACCUCUGGCACCAAAGCACGUUAAGGAAUUGACGCAGAUGGGAUACAAGGUCUUGGUGCAGCCGUCAAACCGGAGAGCCAUCCAUGAAAAGGAUUAUGUCAAAGCAGGUGGCAUUAUUCAAGAAGAUAUUUCCGAGGCUUCUCUGAUACUAGGUGUGAAGAGACCUCCAGAGGACAAAUUAAUCCCUAAAAAGAACUAUGCCUUCUUCUCUCACACUAUUAAAGCCCAAGAGGCAAACAUGCCUCUUUUGGAUGAGAUUCUAAGACAGGAAAUUCGACUGAUUGACUAUGAAAAAAUGGUUGAUCAUAAAGGAAUGCGAGUUGUGGCCUUUGGAAAGUGGGCUGGUGUAGCAGGAAUGAUCAACAUUCUGCAUGGAUUGGGAUUACGAUUUUUAGCCCUGGGACAUCACACUCCCUUCAUGCACAUUGGGAUGGCGCAUAACUACAGGAAUAGCAGUCAGGCUGUGCAGGCAGUACGGGAUGCCGGGUAUGAAAUUUCACUGGGAUUGAUGCCAAAGUCAGUUGGGCCCUUAACAUUUGUGUUUACAGGCACUGGUAAUGUUUCUAAGGGUGCUCAAGAAAUGUUCAAUGCCCUCCCAUGUGAAUUUGUGGAACCACAUGAGUUAAAGGAAGUUUCCAGAUCUGGAGACCUCAGAAAAGUCUAUGGGACAGUGUUAAGUCGUCACCAUCAUCUUGUAAGGAAAUGUGAUGGACUAUAUGACCCCGUAGACUAUGAUAAACAUCCAGAACUUUACACUUCUCGCUUUAACACUGACGUUGCACCUUACACAACUUGUUUAAUUAAUGGCAUAUACUGGGAACAACAUACUCCUCGCUUGUUGAGUCGACAGGAUGCUCAGAAGCUGCUGGUGCCAGUUAGAUCUGCUGCUGGUGCAACAGGGGGCUGUCCUGAGUUACCACACAAACUUCUGGCAAUAUGUGACAUUUCAGCAGACACUGGAGGAUCCAUAGAAUUUAUGACGGAGUGUACAACAAUUGAUAGUCCAUUUUGUAUGUAUGAUGCUGACCAGCAUAUUAUUCAUGACAGUGUUGAAGGCUCUGGGAUUCUGAUGUGUUCCAUUGACAAUCUGCCAGCACAGCUUCCUAUAGAAGCAACAGAAUACUUUGGCGAUAUGCUUUUCCCAUAUAUUGAAGAGAUGCUGUUAUCAGAAGGCUCAGAACCUCUUGAAAGCCAGAAGUACUCAUCUGUUGUUCGAGAUGCAGUGAUUGCAUCCAAUGGCUCACUGACAGCUAAGUAUGAAUAUAUCCAGAAAUUGAGGGAGAGCAGGGAACACGCUCAGCUGCAGAAGAUGGGUAAUAAGAAGGUUUUAUUGCUCGGAUCUGGCUAUGUUUCUGGCCCUGUACUUGAAUAUCUCACUAGAGAUUCCAGCGUUGACAUCACAGUUGCAUCUGUCAUGAAGGAACAACUUGAACAACUGACGAAAAAAUACAGCAGCGUUACUUCAGUUCAUAUGGAUGUCAUUAAGCAUGAGGAAAAGCUGUCCUCUUUGGUGAAGAAACAUGACCUUGUGAUCAGUUUGCUGCCUUAUUCAGCACAUCCUUUGGUUGCUAAGAAAUGUAUUGACAACAAAGUGAACUUGGUAACAGCCAGUUACUUAACACCAGCUAUGAAAGAACUCCAGGAGAGCGUAGAAGCUGCUGGUAUUACAGUUAUCAGCGAAAUGGGUUUGGAUCCUGGUCUUGACCAUAUGUUGGCGAUGGAAUGUAUUGACAAGGCAAAAGAAGUUGGUGCUACGGUUGUAUCCUACACUUCUUUCUGCGGUGGCCUACCAGCUCCAGAGCACUCUGACAAUCCUCUGAGAUACAAGUUCAGCUGGAGCCCACAAGGAGUGUUGCUGAAUACAGUUCAGUCUGCUACGUAUUUAAAAAAUGGAGAGAUUAUCAAUAUUCCAGCUGGAGGAGCAUUACUUGAUUCUGUUACUCCGAUGGAUUUUUUCCCAGGAUUAAAUCUUGAAGGUUUUCCUAACAGAGACAGUACAAAAUAUGCUGAGCCGUAUGGUAUUCAGACAGCUCACACUUUGUUGAGAGGCACCUUAAGAUACAAAGGAUACUCUAAAACUAUGGGAGGCUUUGUAAAACUAGGAUUAAUUAACCCAGAUCCUUAUCCUUUGCUAAGCUCAACCACACCACCUCUAACCUGGAAAGAGCUCAUGUGCAAACUGGUUGGAAUUAAGCCACCUGCUGAGUACCACGUUCUUAAAGAAGCUGUCUUUAGCAAACUGGAAAAGGACAAAAGUCAGCUGGAGGCAGUGGAAUGGCUAGGUUUAUUGGGAGAUGAACCAGUUCCAGCAGCAGAUUCCAUUGUGGGGGCUCUUGCAAAGCACAUGGAGAGGAAGCUGCCCUUUGGCGCUGGAGAGAGAGAUAUGAUUGUUAUGAGAAAUGAAAUAGGCCUCAGGCAUCCUUCUGGUCAUUUGGAAGACAAAUUUAUCGAUCUGGUUGUCUAUGGUGAUAACAAAGGAUAUUCUGCCAUGGCUAAAACAGUAGGUUACCCAACGGCUAUUGCUGCUAAGAUGGUUCUAGAUGGUGAAAUAGAUGCCAAAGGCAUGGUUAUACCAUUGAUGAAGAAUGUUUAUGGACCGAUACUUGAACGUGUUCGGGCCGAAGGCAUUGUGUACAGUACUCGCAGUGUUAUCAAACAGUAACUGGAAGCGGUGGAUUGAAUUGGGUUUUGGCUUUGUUUGGUUCCCCCACCCCUCCACGCCCCCUUUAAGAAUCUCAAUUUGGACCAGCUAAAGGCAGCACCUGCUGUUUCACACACGAAUGGUGCCUUCCAUAAAACCGGUCGCCUGACGGAUGUAGAGGCUGUAGAUACACAGAUGCAUGAAUUGUGGUAUUCUCCUCUUAAAACUGUUAUGCUUUCAAGUCCAUGUUUCAGCAUCAAUCAGAUCUUUCCUUAUAUCUUUCCUAAAAUAUCUUGGGAGGGUUUUUUUUUAAUUAAUAGAGUUUGUCUUCUAAGUGUAUAAGGUUAUUAUUGAGACAAAUUAAGCUGAAAGAAAAAAAAUCUAUUAGUGG